CUAUUAAAUUACGGCAAAAAACCAUUUAUUUAUUUAUUUUUACCUUUUUCUUCAUGAAUCCCAUGCUAUUUAUACAUGCUUAAUUAAGAAAAUAUUCCUUUUUCUUUUCCUUUUUUUUCUGGAAAUAAAUAUAUCUUUUUUUUUCUUUUCAUAGUAAACAUUAAUUUGCAGAUACAUACAACACCUCUGUGCGCGCAUGCCUUUGUUUUUGUUGCACCGCCAUCUCUCUCUCUCUAACAAACGCAUACAGAAAUGCAAUAAUUUACGCACACCGCCAUUGAUGCAGGAGAACCGAAUCCUGUUGUUAAGAGGGAAAAUUAACCACGAUCGCAACCCUCCAAAGGGGAAUCAAUCUCCAUACAGGGUAAAGGGCCAACAGUUGUUAGGCUGAACUCUGUUAAACACAAUUUGGGGGGGUUUCAUCAUGAAUCUGAAAUAUAGGCUGCGGAUUAGUUUGUAAGUGGAGUUGGAGAAUGAAUCUAUAGUGAUGGUUAGGUGAUGGAGAUGGGGACGAAAGAAAAUGGUUAUGUUCAAGAAGAUUGGUCAACACCGGCAUCUCCAAUUGAGGUGUUGCAGCAAAUAUCCCACGAGGCGGUUAGAAUGGCCGGUGAGGCGUGGAAUAAUGCCUAUCCGGGGAGUCCAAACACUCCAAUAUUAUAUCCACCUCCGGUGCAUAGGCGUACACGUAGUGAAGUAGUCUCUUCGUUUCAUAGGCGUAGCAAUAGCACUAGCACUAGCGGUUUCGUUAAAUGGAAGUGUCAGAUGAAAAGGGCUUUGCACUGGGGCGGUGGUCGUAGUUUUUGUGAAGAUCACUACUAUUCUUCUUUCGAUCCCGAGAUUCUUGCAAAUCAGAAAAGGCAGUGGUAUCAGCUUAACUCGAGAACAUCGGGCCCUGAAAAAUAUAAAGAGCCAACCUCACUUUUUGAACACUUUGUUAUUGCGGGGCUCAGUCCAGAUGCCAAGCUUCAGGCUGUUGAGGAUGCAUAUAUCAGCAAGAAGAAAUGGGCUCAAGAAAUGGAAAGAAACGAAAUGUCAGGUUUCCACAUGCGACAAUACCGGCAGCCUGCAGCUCCACCAUUGGAGUCUCAGGUGCUCUUUAUGUAUCCUCCUGGAAGGAAGUUGGCUUUGCGUUUAAAGGAUGUUGCUGCAUUUUGCUUUCCUGGAGGUGUUAAGGCACGCAUGUUGGAGAGGACACCGUCACUAAGUGAUUUAAACGAACUUGUUUAUGGACAGGAACAUUUACGCAAGGAUGAUUUAUCAUUUAUAUUUUCACUUAAGGUGGCAGACAAUGCAACACUUUAUGGUGUUUGCUUGCAUGUACAAGAGGUUGUUCAGAGACCGCCUGGCAUUUAUGGGCCGUCACCGCCUCUUUCCCGAUCAAAUUUUGGCUGCAAUGGGUUUCUGGUAUCUGCUCCUCGUUGUUAUUGUAUCUUGACAAGAGUGCCUUUCUUUGAGUUACAUUAUGAGAUGUUGAAUAGCAUCGUCGCGCAGGACCGUCUGAAUCGUAUUACUAAGUUUGUUACCGAAAUGGCUCUUAGUGAUAGUGUCCCUUCACUAUCUAUGUCGAAAAAUGAAAACAUCGACUCUCCUGAUGCAGAAAGUGCCGUAGACUCAGACUGGAUGGCUUCAGAAAUCACUGUUGACAGUGAAAUGACUCUCACAUCUGCUGCUGUAGCAGCAGGUAUUAUAUCAGACGAGGAUGUAUCAUCGAGGGAGGACCAUUCGUCUGGUAGUGCUAGUGCCAGUGACACGUCUGAUCACAGUCAAUCGAAGGAAUUAGAUAAAGAUAGUAGCAAAAAGGUGCAUGCUUUUGAUGAUUGUGCAUCCGAGACCUCGGAAAACCAAUCAAAUGGUGCACGUACUCCAGAUGAUAUCUGCCCCAGUAGCCAAUCAUUGGACUGCCUUCGAAGUUUCGAGUCCUUAUUUAGUCCAGCUAGAAGUAUGGCAUCAGAGGAAGAUGAUGAAAUCUUUUGUAACCAUGAUGAAGACCCCAAGGAUGACAUGAUAAUGGAAUGGGCAAGAGAAAACAAGAAUGAUUUGCUACAGAUAAUAUGUGGCUAUCAUUCUAUUCGUCUUCCAGCAAGGGGAGGUCAAAUUAUUUUUCAGCCAUUAGAGCAUCUGCAGGUCAUUGAAUAUCGACGGCCGCCUAUUUCUGCCCUUGGACUGUACGACAAAUAUCUUGAUCGUAAACUGAAAGAUUCUAAGGAAGCCUCUCAGGUCGAGUUAAAAUUAUCUACUGCUGAGGAAGCUGCUUCACUCUCUCUAUGGUCAACAGCAACAAUAUGUCGAGUUCUUUCUCUUGAAAGCGUUCUAGCCUUGAUCACUGGUGUAUUAUUGGAAAAACAAGUGGUUGUGCUGUGCCCCAAUUUGGGUAUCCUAUCUGCUGUGGUGUUGUCUCUGAUUCCUAUUAUUCGUCCAUUUGAAUGGCAGAGUUUAUUUCUUCCAAUUCUGCCAGGGACGAUGCUAGAUUUUCUGGACGCUCCUGUUCCUUUCAUUGUUGGAAUACAACAUAAACAAGCUGAUUUGAAGAUGAAAACUUCCAAUCUGGUUCUAGUUAAUUUACUCAAAGACCAGGUGAAAAGUUGUAGUCUACCGGUACUUCCUCAACGUAAAGAGCUUAUUUCGGAACUUAGACCGAUCCACUCCAAACUGUCAUGUGAAGACAAUAUUCCUCAGAGACACCCCGUAUAUAAAUGCAAUGAAAUGCAGGUUGAAGCUGCUUCCAAAUUUUUAAUUGUCAUGAGGCGGUACAUGGAGUCGCUUUGUUCCGAUUUGAGAUUGCACACAAUUACUAGCGUACAAUCCAACGAUGACAAGGUCUCGAUACUUCUUAAGGAUAGCUUCAUCGAUUCCUUCCCUGUAAAAAGUCAGUCUUUUAUUAAGUUAUUUGUAGAAACACAGUUAUUCAGCGUUCUGUCAGACUCCCGUCUGUCAACCUACGAGAACGAAUAGUUUCAGCAUACACCAGAAAGAAACCUUGAUUGUAUAUUGGUGUCCAAAUUUUGAGCUUCAAUUCGACGAUAAUGUAACUACUAAACGUGUAGAUUAAUAAACGACAACCGAUCAAUUUCGAUUGUUAGUUGUUUACUAUGUCAAGGGGAAAGGCAAUCUGUUGUUGUUUAAAUAUUUUAAUAUAUAUAUUUUUCUUUCUUUCUUAUGUAUGUAACACCAAGUACAAAGAUUGAAUAAUUGAUGUCCCUCCCAAAAUUCUGGACUGGUAUUAUUUUCAUUAUAUAAUCCAUAAUUUGCACA